GAGUCGUCGUGAAUAUUUUGUCAAAAUUACUUCUAAGAUUAUGCAACAUCGCCAAAAAUCGAAAAUUUAAAGUAGCAAAACUCUAAUUUCUGAAUUUGGAUACAAAUAAAAAUCCGCAAUUGGCGAGAUAAUAAAAGGAGAUAGAGAAGAGGCAAAGAGACGGUGACGCUAAAGACAGAGAGAUAGAGUGCCCUUCACAUAUUAUUGAUUAUUAGCUAUUGACUGACGAUGGCGAGAGCAGCUUGUAGCAGCGUUGUCACGGCUCUCACUUUACUGCCCUCCAAGUCUCCUCUCUGCAGAAACCCGCUCCUCUUCUCCGGUGAAUCCAAGUUCGUCGGAGUUUUCACCCUCCACAAGCGAUGCUUUUCCUCCAAAGUUAGCAUGAGCUUGAAAGCCGGAAUCGUCGGUCUUCCUAACGUCGGCAAGUCCACUCUCUUUAACGCCGUCGUCGAGAAUGGAAAGGCUCAAGCUGCUAAUUUCCCCUUUUGCACGAUUGAGCCCAAUGUUGGUAUCGUUGCUGUUCCUGAUUCCCGUCUUCAAGUUCUCUCCAAACUCAGCAAUUCCCAGAAACUGGUUCCUGCUUCCAUUGAGUUCGUCGACAUUGCUGGUCUUGUCAAGGGUGCCAGUCAAGGCGAAGGUUUGGGCAAUAAGUUCUUAUCUCACAUCCGAGAAGUCGAUUCCAUCCUCCAGGUGGUCCGCUGUUUUGAGGACAACGACAUUAUUCAUGUCAAUGGCAAAGUUGAUCCCAAGUCUGACAUUGAUGUCAUCAAUCUCGAACUUAUUUUCUGCGACUUAGAUCAGAUUGGGAAAAGAAUCGAGAGACUUAAGAAAGGGAAGGCUAAGGAUUCACAAUCCAAAGUCAAGGAGGAAGCCGAAAAAUCUGCUUUGGAAAGAAUUCAGGAGGCCCUUCUCGAUGGGAAACCUGCAAGGUCUGUCGCAUUGACUGACCUCGAGAAGGAAGUCGUAAAGCAUCUUUGCUUGCUUACAAUGAAGCCUAUGAUCUACGUCGCAAAUGUUGCUGAAACCGAUCUUGCUGAGCCGGAGAAGAAUACUUAUGUUGAAGAAGUAAAGGGUCUUUGUUCUGAUCUGCAGUCUGGACAUGUGGUUGUUUCAGCACAGGUUGAGUCUGAGUUAACCGAACUUCCUCUUGAGGAAAGGACAGAAUAUUUGAACUCGCUAGGUGUCAGCGAAAGUGGCCUUGGGAACCUUAUCAGGGCAACAUACAGUCUGCUAGGUUUGCAGACAUACUUCACUUCUGGUGAAAAGGAAACAAGAGCAUGGACAAUUCAUGCAGGGAUGACUGCACCACAAGCUGCUGGUGUCAUCCACUCUGACUUUGAGAAGGGUUUUAUUAGAGCCGAGACUGUUGCAUAUGAAGAUUUUGUCUCUGCUGGGUCACUUGCCGCAGCGAGAGAGAAAGGACUUUUGAGAUCAGAGGGUAAAGAGUACAUUGUUAAAGAAGGAGAUGUGAUGCUUUUCCGCUUCAACGUAUAGCAGAACCUUGAGAUCUCAAAAUCAGUUCUUCACAGAACAUCACAGGUUUUGUUUAUGCACGUCGGUCUUUUAUAGCAUCGAAUUUCACUGCUCUUGGUUUUGCAAUAUAUAGUGAUAUCUUUUUUUUUUUUUACAUUCCGAAAACGUAAUUGGUUGUGAAACAGAAGAUGAGGUUAAAAAAUUCUCUAGAAUAAGAAACGAGGUAUGAGAAAUCUCAUGGGAUUGGCAAUGGGAGUGAUGAUUAUUGAAUUGACACCAA